UUUGGACCUUUAUAACAGGCCACAGUUGGGCAGUGCUGUCUCUUCCGGUCAGCUGAAGAGAGAGGUGUCUCCCCCUCGCAGCGCUAAGUUCUGUACUGUUUGAUGUUUCAGGUUAGCAGUUGGUGUUGUCUGGGCACACUGGGGCUGUGACCUGCAGGAAGGAGCCCUGUCACCCUCCCCUCUCUCCUCUUCCCCUUCCCCUCUCCCCUCUCCUCUCUCCCUCUCUUUUCCCCUCCUCUCUCUCCCUUCUCCUCUCCAGCAGCAUCUUGAAUUUGCCUCCGGAGAGUCAAGGUCAAGACCCGACAUGGAAUCAAUCAAGUGGAUACCCCAAGAAGCCUUCAACCAGACCCAGCCCAGCUCCCUGCGCGACCCCGUGGAGGGGAAGAACAACACCAGCUCCGCCAGGACCCUGAGGUUGUCAGAUGCAACCAGCGCCGCCUGGUACAUCCUCACCAUCAUCGGCAUCUACGGGCUGAUCUUCAUCUUCCGAUUGGCCAGCAACAUUCUCAGGAAAAGCGAGAGGUCCUUGGAGGACGUUUACUACUCAAAUUUAACCUCUGAGCUCAAAAGGAAAGGGUUUCGGAGCAAGGUGGCCCAUUGUCCGUCACUGAUCAUCAGCAACGCAGCUGCCCUUCAGCCUCAGCAGCUCGGCCUGGAGUCAAAGUGUGAAGACGGCAGGCUCCAUGUGGGAGCCCAGGUGGUCCCCUGAAGGUCAAGGCUGCCAGACCAGUACCAGGAGGCAGCAGGAGGUUUGCAGGUGGGACAGAUUGGGGCCUGCCUGUGAUCCUGAGAAAGGAACGCAGUCCUGGAUUAGGGCAGGGUAAGCCUCUCUGGCUAUGGACACUUCAGGCUAACAGCAUGAACAAACCACAGCAGCUUGUCUUCAGGUGACGACAGGGUGUCAGCAGACAGUCACCAGCUGCCGUCUCCAUUGACAAUGGGGUGUCAACAGUUACUAGUUCUUGUCUUCAGAUGAAGGAGUAGCAACGGUCACCAGCUGCUGUUGCCACGUGUUUCUGGUGUGACCAGAGGAGACGGUUGGAUCCACAGGUUGGAGGGACCAGGGUUCUCAGAUGGAUUCAGGAUACUCCAGUCCUGGGGCAAAGGGGUGGCUUCCUGUCCUGGGAUGAAGGCUGAACUUGGGGUGGGAUGCUCAGGAAUAGCAUCGACUUCUAGGGAUUUCAUACAUUUUUGAGCAUCAGCCAGUCACCUGGCUUAUGUGGGAGCUGAGAUUGUCUGUCCCCAGAAGUGACUUUGUCCAUUGAAUUUAGGACCCAAGUUGUUCAUAGAAGAAGCUAAACAUUCUUCAUUUUUUUCUGGGAGAGUCUGGUGCACUGAAAAAAGAAAGCAUUCAUUUUGGAUUCAGGUGUCCCAGACUCUGGUCUGGGCAUGUUCAGCCCUGCUGUGAUGUCUGGGAAAUUAUUACUGCACUUCUCUGAACAUAGAUGGGUUUCUAGGUUGCCCGGGAAGAGCG